GAGAGCGCAUAGUUUGGAAUAUUAACAUUUGCGGGCUAUCAGCACCUCGUUUAUCUAUUUUCUAUGGAAGCAUAGAAGUUCCGCAGCAAUAUACAGUAGAAAGAAAACAACAACACGCUUUACGUUCAUCUGAACGGCAGCUGUUCGUUCACGAAAGUUUUCCUCUACUUUUGACAACUCUGAAGAUCCUUUAUGAGGGGGAUUUGAGACCUUCUGCCACAAAAACGACCGCCCUCCGCUCAGGAGCCAGGAGCUUCUUUUGUUUCCACGACCAGGACCUUCGUCCUUCGUCCAAGUCUUCGGAAUGGCAGGGAGAGAAGUUGCCUUCCUGCUCCUUGCCCUCUGCUGCUCCGUGUCUGCAGGUCCUUUAUCACGAAGUCCGUGUGAGCUGCUGCCAGUGGGAGAGGGUCACCCGGUACAGGCCAUGCUAAAGAGCUUCACUGCAUUGUCUGGCUGUGCCAGCAGGGGCACCACAAGCCUCCCUCAGGAGGUGCACAUCAUCAACCUGAGGAGCAGGAGUCCUGAGGGGCCUGGAGACAAGCCCAAUGAGGUGGUCCUGCAUGUGAGGCCCAUUCAGUCUCUGCUGGUGCACCAGAAGCCACUCGUCUUUGUGCUCAACUCCCCAGAACCUGUACUGUGGAACCUGAAGACAGUGAAGCUCGCCCCCCGCAUCAAACGCACCUUCCACGUAUCCAAAGGCUCCCGGGUCCAUUUUGAGCCAGGGAAUUUCUCCCUCUCCUGCGAGGUCGUGGAGGAGACCCUUCCCCACGGCAACGAACACCUCCUGACCUGGAGCCAGAGGAAGUACAAAGCUGUCACCUCCUUCUCCGAGCUCAAGGUCGCCCAGGAUGUCUACAUCAAAGUGGGCGAAGAUCCCGUGUUUUCCGACACCUGCCAGAUCGACAAUAAGUUCUUGUCCCUGAACUACCUGGCGAGCUACGUGCAGCCACAGCCGUCGAGAGGGUGUGUGCUGUCGGGCCCGGAUCAAGAUCAAGAGGUUCAUAUCAUUGAGCUGCAAGCCCCCAACUCCAGCAGUGCGUUCCAGGUGGAUGUGAUCGUGGACAUCAAGCCCCUGGAGGCGGACGGGCCUCCCCUCCACCGCGACCUGGUGCUCGUACUGAAGUGCGAGAAGUCCGUCAACUGGGUGAUCAAGUCCCACUGCAUCAUAGGCAAGCUGGACAUCUUGACAUCGGACACUAUAAGCCUGAGUCCGGGUAUGGAAACGCUGAUGCAGGUGUCUAAGAUAUCUAAGCCCCUCCUGCCAUCUGGCUCCCAGGCCCUUAUCCAAUGGGCAGAAGAUCAAGGCUACAGCCCGGUCACCUCUUUCACCAGCACGCCUGUGGCCAACCACUUCAACCUGCAUCUGAGGGAGCCAGACGUGGUGGAUUUCCUGGACAGUAUUUUCCCCCCUGAGCUGACCAUCCUGCAGAACUUAAACCCCCAUCCAGACCAGGGGAGCUCUGCCCCACGACCAGGUCCUCCCUUCCCCUUCCCCCGAUUGGGCGGGCCCCUGGAGCAGGGCCUGCCCUACCUGCCGCUGCCCCCCUUGGCAGAUGGUCGGCCCUGGCUCGGCUCGGAGCCCGAAGAGCAGCAGGGCUCGCUGAGCGUGGGCCUGAGCGUGCGGUGUGAGGAGGACAAGAUGGUGGUCAGCGUCAACAAGGAAAGCCUCCAGGCGAGUGGGUACAGAAGGGCCAACCUCACCCUGCAGGACCCUGCAUGCAAAGCUACGGCCAACACCACCCACUACAUCCUGGAGACCCCUCUGACUGGCUGCGAAACUGUUAAAUACCCUUCCCACCCCAGUCCUGUAGUCAUCUACAUCAACUCGGUCUUCAUCAACCCAUCUGAUUCAGAGGAUGGGAGCGGUUGGCCUGUGGAUUAUGAGGACAUGGAGUCGGGAGAUAUUGGCUUUCCGGUGGACACUGAGGGGAUGGAGAGAGCAUUCCUUGAACCCAUGGCUUCCAGGCCAUCAAUCUUGUUUAAUUGCACGUUCAGAAAGAACCAGAGCCCCCCGGGGCCUUGGCCUGUCCCUGGUAAGGACCUGGUGAGCAACGUGACUUUCAGCAUGGAGCUCUACAACACCAACCUCUUCCGCUACCCCGCCACCUUUGUUACCACCUCCGAGAACAAGCCUGUCUUUGUUGAGGUUUCAGUCACUAAAGCUGACCAAGACCUUGGGUUUAUGAUUCAAACUUGCUUCAUCUCACCAAACUCCGACGCCGACAUUCCCUCGAAAUACACCCUCAUCGAGAACAUCUGCCCCACGGAUGAUUCGAUCACGUACUACCCCCAACGGAUGGACUUCCCUGUCUCACACCCGCAGAUGGACAGGAAGAGGUUCAGCUUCACUUUCAGGUCAAAGUUCAACAUGUCCCUUCUCUUUCUGCACUGCGGGAUGUCCCCCUGCACCAAGAGCCACCCGGAUGGUCGAGGUCUGCCUAAGUGCAUACAGCCGGACGAGGCCUGCACCUCUGUCAACGCGGAUACUAUUUUGGCCAUGGCGAUGAACACCAAGACCUCGACCAAGCCACUGGUGGUGGUGUCUGACGACAAGCCCCCAGAGCCUCCAGUUCCAAGCAUCAGGACCAUUCAGCAGACUUCAGUCGAUGGCCCGAGGAAUAUAAUGUACGUCCUUGACACUUCCACGGUGGUUGGAAUCGCCUUCACCGCGUUUGUGAUUGGGGCUCUCCUGACGGGGGCCUUGUGGUUUAUUUACUCGCACACAGGCGACGCAGCAAGGCGGCAGCAGGUGCCCAAGUCCCCGCCGGCCUCGGAGAACAGCAGUGCGGCCCACAGCAUCGGCAGCACACAGAGCACGCCCUGCUCCAGCAGCAGCACCGCUUAGCCCGUGGAAGUCCACAGACUUACCAUCCAAACCCACGCCACCGCAACAAAAGGAAUUAUCGUGGGCUUCUUUCUCCAAUCCAGAGAUGGGUCGAGGCUUCGCAACACAAAGACGGAAAGGAAAAGCAAUAACCUUUUGUCCCCUAUAGAGUAUUUGCCCUCUGCUCCAGCCAGAAAAAAAACUGAACUUCUGUCCUUUGACGCCAGCCAGGUUUAUCUUUUCCUUUCGAAAAUGCUGCUUUUUAAUUCAAUUCCAAACAAGAGAAACCCUUUAUUUGUACACAACGCAGUCUUGAGCAGCCUGUAAAUCUCAGGCAAUUGGAUGCUAAUCGGUGAAUUCAUUAGAUGGCUCCCCAAGGUGAAAGAGAGCAUAUAUUUGUAAAUGAAAAUAUAUUUUUUUGUGUGAAUAUUGUAAAUAUGUGAAAGUGUAAAGUCGUUCUUGGGUUUUCUAAUGAAGUCCAGUGUAGAAAAGCAAAUGUUGAUGAAACUUAAAAAAAACUGACAGCCUGCCAGUAUAACCAAUUUAUAUAGAAAUAUAAAUGAUUUAUUUUUGUGUUAAAUGUAUUUGUUUUGCUUUUAUGCUGAAUGGUUUUCAAUCCACUGUAUGAAGUGAAAUCUGUACCUGUUUUCAGAUUAUGGACAGAUCAAGCCUACUUGAACACGCUAUCAAGGUUUAGGGCAUUACAUAUUACACAAAUAUAUAUAUUUUUUUCUAGGUCCUAAACCACUGUUUUUCACAUCCACAAACACAGAUCCACAAGGGAAAUAUGCGAUCAUGAUGCUAUUUCUUUUCCUGGAUGGCUCUUUUAAAGAAAAUGCUGCAAUUUCACUGUAACCUGUCACUAAAGAAGGUGGCUGCUUCACUUUUUAUGUGUCAUCGAUUGAACCAUGAGAGGCUAAUUGAGCUGCUCUCUCAGAUAGCAAGGUCAUUUUUACAUUACUCUGUGUCUUCUGUGUUCAGUCUGCUCUCUGUCAAUUAACAUAUGUUUAACUUUUAUGUGCGUACAUUCCCCUUAACACUGAUGCCAUGAACAAAUACCUGAAGAAAUACAGUUGUCUUUCAGAAUGUGAACUGCUUUUUGGUCUACACAAUACAGAACCCUUUUGAAUGUUUGACAUUCGAAUGCACGUGCCCUUGGCUACAGAAGGCCAUAUAUCUGUGCAUGUGAAAACAGUGCCUGAUUUGGACUGUUUAAUUGGAUUUUUGCCCUGAAAAUAGAGUUAACAAUGUAAUCCCACCGUCACUAAAAUCAUAUGAAUGUCAAAAAGGUAAUAAUAUUUAUGUGCCUUGUCUGAGAAGUGUGUUUAUUUUUGGAGCUUAAAAGGAAUCAAGCAGGAAUUAGAAUUAAUUUAAACACAGGAAAAAGGGAAAGAUUUGGUUGCUUGUACCGAAUACACAAUAUGUAUUUUGAAGUUGCAGAUAUAAGUCAAUGUUUAGACUAUUAAUUGUUUAAUAUCAUAGACCUAAUUGUGUUGCUUGCUACAGACUUUACUUACAGAAUGUAUUUUAUCUCAAAGCUUUUAAGUAACUGUAUGUAAACAUGUAUAGAUGUCUUCAGAGAAGACAACAGAGUAUUGUAGUAACAGCUAUAUUUUUUACUGUUUUGUGGAAAAAGUGUACAGUUUUAUUUGUUUGAAAGUAUUUACUUAGAGCCAAGCUAUUAUUUUGUCUACUGUGAAGCUGUGUGCCAUUUAACUUUUUUGCAAUAUUGUAAAUACUGUACCUUUCUUUGUGUCUCUUUGUCUGUUCCAAACAUGAUUUGUCUUUAUGAAUGCGCUUUAAAUGUAGAGUCUACAUUAUGAAAUGAGUUGAACAGGUUUGUUAAAGUAGGUAUGUCAAA